GCGGCAGAGGAGCCGCAACCGCAGCGGGGCCGGGCCGGGCCGGGCGCGCAGCAGCGGCAGCGGCAGCGGCAGCAUCUCGCUCUCUGAGCCGGUGCAGGUUAUUGCAGCCCCUGGAGUGAGGACAGAGAAUCCCCGAGGAGACAGAGCCAGACUUUGUCACCCUGUCACCAGAGCUGGCGAGACACGGGCCCUACUUUUCAAACCCUGAUGCCUCUCGUUUAACCAGAAGACGUGGAGGGGAGCCGCCACCUCUGACCAUGUAGAUACUCGCUACAGGAAGCAGCAUGGGCCCUGCUGAAUGGAGACUCCUGGGUCUGCAGCCCUGAGCCCCUCCGGCCCCUGGACCUCGCCCCGUACCCGGGGACGCCCCGUGGAGCUCGCCGCUGCUGCCGCCAGCCUGCCUCGGCCGCCCCCGCCCCCUGGGACCCGGAGCCAACCGCCUGGGCCCUGAGCUGUCCAGUGAGGCCGUGCUGAGGACAGCCACACGGAGCCACCUCCCAGCAGCCUCUCGUCCAGCGCUGACCCUCGGGCUCACCCCGAGUGGGGACCGCGGCAGACAUGGGUGACAUGACCAACAGCGACUUUUACUCCAAAAACCAAAGAAAUGAGUCGAGCCAUGGGGGCGAGUUCGGGUGCACGAUGGAGGAGCUCCGCUCGCUCAUGGAGCUGCGGGGGACUGAGGCUGUGGUCAAGAUCAAGGAGACUUAUGGGGACACAGAAGCCAUCUGCCGGCACCUCAAGACCUCGCCUGUCGAAGGUUUGCCGGGCACUGCUCCAGACCUGGAAAAAAGAAAGCAGAUUUUUGGGCAAAAUUUUAUACCUCCAAAGAAGCCAAAAACUUUCCUGCAGCUUGUGUGGGAAGCACUGCAAGAUGUGACGCUGAUCAUCUUGGAAAUCGCAGCCAUCAUCUCCCUGGGUCUCUCCUUCUACCACCCGCCGGGCGAGAGCAACGAAGGGUGCGCGACAGCCCAGGGUGGGGCGGAGGAUGAAGGGGAGGCAGAGGCAGGCUGGAUCGAGGGGGCCGCCAUCCUGCUCUCGGUCAUCUGUGUGGUUCUGGUCACGGCCUUCAAUGACUGGAGCAAAGAGAAGCAGUUCCGGGGCCUGCAGAGCCGCAUCGAGCAGGAGCAGAAGUUCACCGUGGUUCGGGCUGCCCAGGUGGUCCAGAUUCCCGUGGCUGAGAUCGUGGUUGGGGACAUUGCCCAGGUCAAAUAUGGUGACCUCCUCCCUGCUGAUGGCCUCUUCAUCCAGGGUAAUGACCUCAAAAUCGAUGAGAGCUCCCUGACCGGGGAAUCUGACCAGGUGCGCAAGUCUGUGGACAAGGACCCCAUGCUGCUGUCAGGGACCCAUGUGAUGGAGGGCUCAGGACGGAUGGUGGUGACUGCUGUGGGUGUGAACUCUCAGACUGGCAUCAUCUUUACCUUGCUGGGGGCCGGUGGCGAAGAGGAAGAAAAGAAAGACAAGAAAGGUGUGAAGAAUGGGGAUGGCCUUCAGCUGCCAGCGGCAGAUGGUGCGGCAGGUUCAAAUGCUGCAGAUAGUGCAAAUGCCAGCCUAGUCAAUGGUAAAGUGCAGGAUGGCACUGUGGACGCCACCCAGAGCAAAGCCAAACAGCAGGACGGGGCCGCCGCCAUGGAGAUGCAGCCCCUCAAGAGCGCCGAGGGUGGUGAUGCCGAUGACAAGAAGAAGGCCAACAUGCACAAGAAGGAGAAGUCCGUGCUGCAGGGCAAGCUCACCAAGCUGGCUGUACAGAUUGGCAAGGCGGGCCUGGUGAUGUCGGCCAUCACCGUCAUCAUCCUGGUGCUCUACUUCACCGUGGACACCUUCGUGGUCAACAAGAAGCCGUGGCUGCCCGAGUGCACACCCGUCUACGUGCAGUACUUCGUCAAGUUCUUCAUCAUCGGCGUGACCGUGCUGGUGGUUGCCGUGCCUGAGGGCCUCCCUCUGGCCGUCACCAUCUCGCUGGCCUACUCGGUGAAGAAAAUGAUGAAGGACAACAACUUGGUCCGCCACCUGGACGCCUGUGAGACCAUGGGCAAUGCCACAGCCAUCUGCUCGGACAAGACAGGCACACUGACUACCAACCGCAUGACCGUGGUGCAGGCAUACGUCGGCGACGUCCACUACAAGGACAUCCCCGACCCCAGCUCCGUCAACGCCAAGACCAUGGAGCUGCUGGUCCACGCCAUUGCCAUCAACAGCGCCUACACCACCAAGAUCCUGCCCCCGGAGAAGGAGGGUGCGCUGCCGCGGCAGGUGGGCAACAAGACCGAGUGCGGCCUGCUGGGCUUCGUGCUGGACCUGAAACAGGACUACGAUCCCGUGCGCACCCAGAUGCCAGAGGAGAAACUGUACAAAGUGUACACCUUCAACUCCGUGCGCAAAUCUAUGAGCACGGUCAUCAAACUGCCCGACGAGAGCUUCCGCAUGUACAGCAAGGGCGCUUCAGAGAUCGUGCUCAAGAAAUGCUGCAAAAUCCUCAAUGGGGCGGGGGAGCCCCGGGUCUUCCGGCCCCGCGACCGGGACGAGAUGGUGAAGAAGGUGAUCGAGCCCAUGGCCUGUGACGGGCUCCGCACCAUCUGCGUGGCCUACCGGGAUUUCCCUGGCAGCCCCGAGCCCGACUGGGACAACGAGAACGACAUCCUCAAUGACCUCACCUGCAUCUGCGUGGUGGGCAUCGAGGACCCCGUGCGGCCCGAGGUCCCAGAAGCCAUCCGCAAGUGCCAACGGGCGGGCAUCACGGUCCGCAUGGUCACCGGUGAUAACAUCAACACGGCCCGGGCCAUCGCCAUCAAGUGUGGCAUCAUCCAUCCUGGGGAGGACUUCCUGUGCCUCGAGGGCAAGGAGUUCAACCGGAGGAUCCGCAACGAGAAGGGGGAAAUUGAGCAGGAGCGAAUCGACAAGAUCUGGCCGAAGCUGCGGGUGCUGGCUCGCUCCUCCCCCACGGACAAGCACACCCUGGUCAAAGGCAUCAUCGACAGCACGCACACGGAGCAGCGGCAAGUGGUGGCCGUGACGGGGGACGGGACCAACGAUGGGCCCGCACUCAAGAAGGCCGAUGUGGGCUUUGCCAUGGGCAUCGCGGGCACAGAUGUGGCCAAGGAGGCCUCUGACAUCAUCCUGACCGACGACAACUUCAGCAGCAUCGUCAAGGCAGUGAUGUGGGGCCGCAACGUCUACGAUAGCAUUUCCAAGUUCCUGCAGUUCCAGCUGACAGUCAAUGUGGUGGCCGUGAUCGUGGCCUUCACGGGCGCCUGCAUCACGCAGGACUCCCCUCUGAAGGCUGUGCAGAUGCUCUGGGUGAACCUCAUCAUGGACACGUUUGCUUCCCUGGCGCUGGCCACUGAGCCACCCACCGAGACGCUGCUCCUGAGGAAGCCCUACGGCCGCAACAAGCCACUCAUCUCGCGCACCAUGAUGAAGAACAUCCUGGGCCACGCCGUCUACCAGCUCACCCUCAUCUUCACCCUGCUCUUUGUGGGCGAGAAGAUGUUCCAGAUCGACAGCGGGAGGAACGCGCCCCUGCACUCCCCACCCUCGGAGCAUUACACCAUCAUCUUCAACACCUUCGUCAUGAUGCAGCUCUUCAACGAGAUUAACGCCCGCAAGAUCCACGGCGAGCGCAACGUCUUCGACGGCAUCUUCCGGAAUCCUAUCUUCUGCACCAUCGUGCUGGGCACAUUCGCCAUCCAGAUAGUGAUUGUGCAGUUUGGGGGGAAGCCGUUCAGCUGCUCUCCGCUGCAGCUGGACCAGUGGAUGUGGUGCAUAUUCAUCGGGUUAGGAGAGCUCGUCUGGGGCCAGGUCAUCGCCACCAUCCCGACCAGCAGACUCAAGUUCCUCAAGGAGGCAGGGAGGCUCACACAGAAGGAGGAGAUCCCCGAGGAGGAGCUCAACGAGGACGUGGAGGAGAUAGAUCACGCCGAGAGGGAGCUGCGGCGGGGCCAGAUCCUGUGGUUCCGCGGCCUGAACCGGAUCCAGACCCAGAUUGAAGUAGUCAAUACUUUCAAGAGCGGGGCCUCCUUUCAGGGGGCCCUCCGGAGACAGUCCUCCGUCACCAGCCAGAGCCAGGACAUCCGCGUGGUGAAGGCGUUCCGUAGCUCUCUCUACGAAGGUUUAGAAAAGCCUGAGUCUCGAACCUCCAUCCAUAAUUUCAUGGCUCACCCCGAAUUCCGGAUCGAAGAUUCACAGCCCCACAUCCCCCUCAUCGACGACACCGACCUGGAAGAAGAUGCCGCGCUCAAGCAGAACUCGAGCCCGCCCUCAUCGCUCAACAAGAACAACAGCGCCAUCGACAGCGGGAUCAACCUGACGACCGACACAAGCAAAUCAGCUACCUCUUCAAGUCCAGGGAGCCCCAUCCACAGCCUGGAGACGUCACUUUAGCUGAGGAACCCCCCCGUCGCCCGGCCGCCCGCCCUCACGGACCCCGCCGCGGCCCGCCUUGCGGGCACACACACACCCACCGGGCACCCGAAUCACCAAGCAGCAACGAGCAACAACGGAAAACCGAACGCUGGAGAGAAAAACCAACGUUCCUACCCAACAGACCCUUUUCUUUGGCUGCGAUGCUGUUUGAACUCUUUUUCACUUGGAGGCAAGGGGCGGGAUCUCUGCUGGGGGCUGAUGGGAGUGAGCGAUUUGCCCGAAACAUGCCCUUCCUGGCUCCCGCCCGCACGUGGAGCAGCCGCGCCCCCUGCAUGAAUGUACUGCACACGUCCGGUCCUCCCCCGUUUGGUUUUUUUGGGGGGGGGGGGUUGGGGAGGGUUUUUUGUUUGUUUGUUUUCUUAGGCGGGAACUGCAAACAGACUCUUUUCUGAGACUAUUUAUCCAAUCCACUGGUCUGUGAGUUUUUGAAAUGCUUGCACAGCAUGGUCUCAGUUGUAAAGAUUAAUUUAAUAACUUUUUUGGAAACUGCAGAGCUUAACUCGCCUGGUAGAUCUGCACCAACGGAACCGAAGAACUUCAUAGACACUCAUGAGGUUAUAUCCAUUUCUUUGUAUCUAUAUCAACGUAUACUUCUCCAACACGGUAUACGUCCAUAUAGAUAGGUAGAUAUAUAUAUAUAUACAUAUAUAUAUAUACAUAUAUAUAUACAUAUAUAUACAUGGAUAUAUAAAGUUUCUUUGCCGGCAUGUUGCCUUGUUUCAGCUUAAAUUGCUCUAUUUUAACUUAUUUAUGUCCUAAAAGAAGAAUGUAAUUUGUUUACAAACCUGUAGAUAACGUCUUUGGCGAUUUGUACGGUUUAAGGACACUGGGUGGCUGAGAUGCUACGAAAACAGCUCGGCCCAACAGACACUUCUCCUGGAUCACAUCCUUGAUGUUUUAAGAUAGCCAUGCUCUGAUUUUUGCCUGCUAUUUCCGUUCAAUGACAUCACUACCGCGGGAGCUCAGACAGAAGCCAAAUGCGACCAAGGACUCGUCCAACGGGUCUCACAACUUGCUCUGUAGAUGAAGGGAGAGGAAGAGAGAAGGCUUCUUUGGGUCUGCAACACCGACGGCCAUCCUGGCCCAAGGAUGGCAGGGCCCACAAAGCAUUCGUUGAAGACUUUUCUCUCAAUGAAGCUCACUUGAGUUUACUAAGAGCAUUUCAAAAUUAGGUUCCCUUUGGCGCUGUCUGUACAGAGAUUGAGGUAGUGUUGAAAUAUUAUAAAUGCUAUUGUGUUGAUUUUUUUUUAGUUAGGAAUUUAGAGGUUUAUUUCCUGAUAAAUGGCAGCAUAUGAGCUGUUGGCAUAUUGCUUUUUAUUUUUAUUUUCCAAAAAGAAUAGCCUUUUUCUCUGCACUAUUUAGAUCCGAAUGAACUUUACGAUGUAUAUAUUGAGAUGUAUUCAGUGUGAUUUUUAAACCAAAUUGUCUUCCUGUAGUCACAAUAUAUACUGUAGCCUUCUAACAGCAAGUCUUGCUUUCCCAGACAGAAAGCCAUUCUGAAACCCUACAGUAUCACAGGUGAGAAAAGGUGGUUAUUUUUCCCCCAAGACAAUAUCAGCACUAGUAAUCCUAUUUAAUAAGAGCUUAUUUAAUUGUAUGUCAGUCUCUUAACUGCUAAGCACUUUGUGGGUCUCAGCUUUUUUCAUAAAAGAACUUUUGUAUUUAAUACAAAGUUUGCUUUGAGACUUUUCAGCAUACGAUCUUUUUCCAUAAACUUGUACAGUGCAAAAGACAUUUUGAAUACCAUGAUCGAUGAUGUCCCAUGCUUCGAGGAAAACCAAACCCUUUCCACCUCGCUUGCAAAGUUCGCUUCUCACGCUGACCCUUCCUAGAGCUGUUCUGUGUCAGCCUGGCCCCUUCCCUUCUCCGAGCCCAGAGAACUCUUCCACAAACAAGAUGAGAUCCACUUGGGAAAAGAGCCAUAGUCAGCUGGGAGGGCCUAGGUCUGGAUGGCUGUGGAGAAACUUGAGGGUUUGGGGUCCAAAGUCAGCCCAGCCCACCUGGCUAACCCUGCCUGUGAGAAGAAGGCUUUCCAGUAGGACUGUCUUUGCCAGAAAGCAUCGUCAGAGCAUCACAAAGAAAUAUCUCAGAAUGUAUCCAGCAGAGGAAGCUACACCUCCAAGGGGAUGGCCAGCUCUUGGAUACGCUAUCAGAGUCAGAUCCAAACACCACCAAAAGCCAGCCCCUCACCCUCCCACGGAGGAAGGAAAGACUUGCACAUGUGAAACAUGGGGCAGCCGUGGAACAUGGUGUUUUUUGGAGUUUCCUUUCUCAGAUUUUCCAUCCUCCCCUUCUUUGUUCCAAUCACAUGUCCAUGACCUCAUUCCAUGACACCAGGGUCAUUCUGCUUGCACACCAUGCUCCUAGUUCACUUGAAGCCAAGGUACAAGGAGAACAGGAGAGAUUUCUCCAAUGGGGGGCCUGGCCUGGGAAUAGGGAGCAAUGGAAGCCACCCAGAACGUCCAGCUGGGCUUUUCCUGUCAGGAAUGGGGGAUCCUCACACGUAUACCCCCUCACUCACACACUUGCAUACACACCCACACACAGGAAAUGAUUGGUUUGUCAAAUCUCACUGUAGUACUUAAAGCUUGCACUCUGUGUCCUAUAUCUAGCAGCAUGGGGUACGUUUGGCAGUUCACCCCAUUAGGGGGUAAAUAAUUUAUGACCAUUCAUCUGUUUUUAUGAAUUUUUUUAUCUAGACAAUAAUUGUAAAUAAAGAAUUCACCGUCUCUGUUCAUUUAAUACUAUGCAAUGGUUAUGCUUUCGAUGACUGGCUCUUCUCACUCCCUCAGUGUGGUUCUGAAAUGUCUGUGGUUAAAAAAAAAAAUAGCAAAAAACAACAUCAAACAGAACAUAGUAAGUAUAUUAUAUGCUGUAAUGAAUACUUUUUUCCUAAUUUGGGUCUGCAGCAUCCACUUAGCUUCUUUUCCAGGGGCCCCGGAAGAAGAUAACUGAUUCAGUUCUGAGGUCUAAACUCGCCAACUUCCCUCCCAUGACAGGUGAGAGAAGAGCAGGGAACCCCAUUCCGUGAUUCCUAGGGCUGUAGUGUCACCUACCUUUGGAGGUGGGCAGGGAGGAGACUGUGGAAUUUCCCUCCUGAAACUCAGGCAGAGCUUUCCCUAAGUCAGGAGCAGCCCAGAUUGCUCCUACCAACCUCUCCCCUUGGCCUCUUGCCUCCUUGGCCCUUUGUCCCAACAGGAGCAUGGAGCUAAUAAGAGGGAGGGCACCCUGCUUCUGAGACCAGACUAAUUACAGUGACUGCUCUGGAGCGACACCUCUGUCCCUGUCUUAUCCCGGGUGUCCCAGUUAUUGAAUAAUCCACUCUUUUCCCCAACCUUUUUGAAAUGCCACAUCUUACAUGGAGUUGGGACUAUUUCUGGAAUUUCUCUCCUUUCCCUUCUCUGGGUGUCUCAUCUGGCAUCAGCCCCACGGUUGUGAUAAGUGUAGCUUUUUAACAUUUUAUUAUCUGCUGGGGCAAGCCUGCUUUGCUCUUCUUUUACGAAAUUUCUUUUACGAAAUUUCUUGGUUAUUUUCGUCCAUCUGCUCCUCCACGUAAACUUUAACAUUUUGCCAAGACUUCCACCCCUGCCCUCUUCCUACCCCAAAAUUGGGGCCCUGUCAUUCAGUGUGCAAGCAUUUUCCCUCCAUUGCAGUUAGUGUCCACUUAGCACCACUAAAGAGAGUGUGUCAUGUAAGGAGGAGCAAAACGGGGUCCUGCCAGUUGCCAGAAGCCUUGUGUCCCUCCCAUCGUUUCACCCAUCCCCUAAGCCCAGGAAUUGUCAGGAAAAGCCACCGAGCCCCCACCCAACUCACCUUGGGAACCAGAGUCGCCCCAUCUUAGUUGUACUAUAGGCGAUCCUCCUUCUGCCCCGGCCCAGCUGAAAAACAGGGGUCUCCCCCAGACCUGGAGCUACCAGCACUUACUAGGAGAGAGACCAUUUGCUAAGAAUAUGUGGUCCGGUUGCCUGUACUAAUUCUCAUCAUGGAGAAAUGUCUAUUCCCAUCUCCCUUUCCUGAGCAGAUUUUGUUGGUUUUUGUUUUUAUUUUAUUUUGUAUUUUUUUUGGGGGGGUGGUCAUCUCUUGCUCUUAUUCAGAGUUUUCAGAGGUGGUGUGACAGGUCCUUUGGGAUGCAGCAAAUUUUGCCUGGACCUUCUCACCCCUGUUACUCCUCCUGCCCCAUUCUUGUUCUGCCUACAGAAGGCUGCCAACCUGGGGCACUCUGACAAGCCUCCCACCCAAAUCUCUCUCCUGCCAUAGCUCUGAAGACCUACCACUAGAGGAUCUUGGGAGUGGGGGGGGGUGAUUCUUGAAGCUUUGGGGUCUUACAGAGCCAAAGCCUAAAUCAGAUAACAGCAGAAAAUCUCUGGGCCUUUCCCAAGUUCCAAAUCAAGCUCCCCAGAUUUUGAUGCAGCUAUCCAACUCUCCCAAGUGUGGGGAGGGGGUCCCGGGCCCUGGGCAUCAGCCAACAACCCCUCCCCUGAAAGCAAGAUAUUUGAGGCUGCUUUGGGACUCCCCUUCUCAGCCCCUAUAAGACUGUUUUGUAAUGCCUGUGGUGCUCUCCCUCCCAGACCUUUUGGGGGUCACCACACUUUGCUAACUCUCGUGUGCACGUAUUUUAUAACAGAGAGGUGAGAGAAUGGUGCCGCCUCCAGCUUCCACAAGCUGCCCGGGGUCUGGGACAAUCGGGGCUGAGAAGUGACUGUGCUCUUAUUGUACAUUCUUUAUUUCUCUGUAUCUCUGGCUUGUGCUCUCUGUAAUGAAUGGGAUUUGUCUGCCUUUUCAACACUAUACUGAGCAAUAACAAUAAAUGCACACGUGGAAACACAGA